AGCCUUUGUAACAGGAGCUGGCCCGGCUCACUCGCUCGCUCGAUCCGAGUGACCGCAGGUCUGCGAGCGGGGGGACGCGAAUCGCUCAGUCCCGCGGCGCAGAGGGGCUGAGCCCGGGAGCCGCCGAGCCACCGCGCCGUGGACGGACUCCGCAGACAGGAGGCGGGCGUAAACUGCCUCAAGCCUCGCCCCUCCGCACCUCUGUAUCUCUCCGAAAACCCUCCAGUUAUGCUGCUGUGAUCAUCCUCUGCCGUGGCCGAGUACGUGACUGAGCUCCAGUCCUGUGCGAUAACAACAUGAGGCUACAGCUGAUCCACCAGAAGAUGAAGCCAUCUUUACCAUCACCCAGUGGGAGUGUAGGCUGCCCUCCACCGACCCCAGGACUGCACAAGAUCUACCGAGAGGCGGCCAUGGUGCUGUCUGUCAUCCUCGUCCUCGUCCUCCUCAUGCUGGUACAGCUGCUGCUCUUCCCCCUCAACCAGCGAGUCAGCCACACAGCUCGGACGCAGGGCAGAGCGCUACGGCCGGACGAGGACCAGACCAGGGCUUGCAUUGACUCCUGCAGUCUCACCCUUGUCGAAAGCAUUCCAGAAGGGAUGCACUUUGAUCCCAAUUUCACCAGGAAUCCCUCCAUUUCUGAUGGCUGGAUGAAGCUGUUGAGCAGUGCUGAGAGCAGCGUUGACAUCGCUUCCUUCUACUGGACCAUGAGAAACAACGACACGAGGACAGAGGAACCCACAGCCGGGCAGGGGGAAGCCAUACUAAAGGAACUACAGAGAGUAUCUGGGAAGCUCUCGGUCCGAGUCGCUGUUAGCAAGCCGAACCAGGAGCAGACUCUCGCCGACAUUAAUCUGCUGAAGCAAAGCGGAGCCCAGGUGACGGUGGUGGACAUGCCCAGACUGACCACGGGGGUUCUACACACCAAGUUCUGGAUCGUGGAUAAGAAACACUUGUACAUUGGGAGUGCCAACAUGGACUGGAGAUCGCUGACACAGGUGAAGGAGCUGGGAGUCAUCAUCUACAACUGCAGCUGUCUGGCCGAGGACCUGGAGAAGAUUUUUGAGGCGUACUGGAGUAUCGGUGGGCCCAAUGGUACCAUCCCUCACACUUGGCCCAGUAACUACUCCACGGCCUACAACAGAGAAGGUCCCAUGGAACUGAAGUUCAACAACACUCCAGCUAGCGUUUACUUCUCGAGCUCUCCGCCUGCUCUGUGCCCAAAGAACCGGACCGACGAUCUCACGUCCAUCCUCAGCAUCAUUGACGACGCAGAGAAGUUUGUCUAUGUGGCCGUCAUGAAUUACAUCCCUGCUACGAUAUUUACUUCCCCCAGAAGGUUCUGGCCAGCGAUCGACAGCAGGCUGAGGAAGGCAGCGUUCGAGCGGAGAUUGCACGUCCGUCUCCUGGUCAGCUGUUGGCGUCACACGGACCCCUCCAUGUUCCCUUUCCUCCACUCCCUGGCUGCCCUGAAGAGCCGCUGGAAACCCCUGGAAGUGGAAGUGAGAGUCUUUGUUGUCCCAGCAACACGGAAGCAGAGAAAGAUCCCAUUCUCUCGGGUCAAUCACAACAAAUACAUGGUAACAGACAAGGUGGCCUAUAUCGGGACAUCCAAUUGGUCUGGUGACUACUUUGAGAACACGGCGGGAGUGGGGCUGGUGGUAAACCAGUCCGACUCAAGGGGACAGUCCUCAGCUCCCACAGUCGCUCAGCAGCUGCGAGAGGUGUUUGAGCGGGACUGGAACUCAACGUACAGCAAGGUUAUGGACUCUGUGAACAAGUGGUUCAGAAUCUGCAAAUAUCUCUAAGUGCAGCCAAGCUUGGGGCUGGAAUAUUACCCAGUACAGCCCUGGACAGAGUUCAGGGAUUUCCAGUGGUGUGAAUUUGUUCCUGGAUGUGGCUAUUGAAUUUCCAUUGAGGGUUCUCCUGAUGACUGUGGCAGAAAACGCAGGCAAUUCCCAAUCCCUGUCCUCCAGGUUGUCUGCACUAAAUGAUCUGAGAGAUCCUGGGGAAAAUGUGACAUGUUUGUUCCUCUGAAAAUUGCACCCAUUGAUGGGGCGGUGCUGGUUUAUUGUGGUGGCCCAGACCACACUGCUGUGAUACCCCGCUGUAGCCAGCACUGCGGUGCUGUGGGCAGACAACUACCCUGCUCAUACUUUAGCCAUCUCACGCCACUGCGGUUGCUGUCCAGAGCUGCUGAAGGUGGGGCGCGGGCAGCGCAGUUCCCUGACGACACGGAAACUCAGCGGAGAAAUGCACAACUGGGUGCUACAGUAGCUUGGCAGCUUAGGAAGCAGGGUGCAUAGUUCAACCCCAGUCUGCUCUGUAAGGAGGACAUCCUCUCCAUGGAGUGGAUGGGCUUUCUCCUGCUGCACCCGUUUCCUCCCACAAUCCAAAGAUGUACUGAUCAGCAAUUGUAAACUGUCACAUGUUUUGUUUAGGGUUAAAUUGGGAGUUGUCAGUAUCGCUCACUUCUGAAGGGCCGAAACCAAGAUGUAUUGCCAAAUCAAUAAAUAAAUACCACACCGGACUGGCGUCAAUCUCAA